UGUGUGCCAAUCACCGUUUCAACAGCUUCCGUACACGCCAUGGCGGCUUUUGUGCCAAGCAACGCAGUCGCUGCACCCAUCGCAAAGGCACCAGCCUCCCAGACCGGUCUCAUGAAGGUCGGUCGAACACGAUGCUGAGCAAUGAGUCGAUCAAACGUUGCGAGAUGGUGGCGUUCUUGUUCCCACAUAUGCAAGAUGGUAGGAGCAACUGCUGGGUUUGUAUGUUUGAGAACGGCAUGUUGGCCCUUGUAGAUGAGAUUGGCGCCGAGUUCACCGGCUUGAUUCACGCGCAGGAAGGAAGCGAGCUUUGCCUUGUCUGCUGCUGUGAGUGUGCGUUUCAUGACGUUUCGAGUGAGGAAGAGGUCGCGCCAGGGAAAGGAAGCUCAAGGGUAGGACAACACAACACAACAAAAGGCAAGUGAGCAAAGGGAAGCGCUAGAAGAGGAGAGGAGAGUGAGCGCACGUCCUAAGCCUGAUGCACAUCCCAGGCUUCGGUCCGCGCCAGGUCAUCGAGGAGGACAGGCACGUUAUUGGUCUCGAAGACCGUCUUUGCAAUGCGACACCCACAGAACAACCCCAGGCAGCGCACCUCGGUCUUCAGAACUCACCAGUCGGUCUCUCUGCAUACCUCUCAGAAGAUACAGUCAUUGACUUGCUGUGUGAGAAUCAACGAGGCGCAUUUCUGUGUGGGUCACCCAUGUUUUCCUCAAUGGGGCUUUGGAUCACUGAUCCGCAUGCGUGGACAACGCCGCAUGGUCGGUAUACGCCCUUCAACAUCCUCAAUGCAACACUCCCCGAUCCAUCCUGGGAAUGGACUUGGCCACGCUGGUUUGUGGAUAUGUCUGGUGAUGUGGAUGAAAAUGGUUGGAUGUAUAACAUCAAUUUCACAAGACACCACUGGCAUGGUCAUCAUCUAUGGUAUCAUUCUUUUGUGAGAAGACGCAGAUGGUUACGGAAACGGAGGAAGAAGCAAGGCGGGCAUGUGCAUCGACGUGUGGAUGAGACCGCAACGGGAUAUACAGCAACAGUCCGCAGUGCUGGUUAUGAAACACAGCAAGGCGCUUCCAUCAUGCAGCAUCUCGCUCAAAUUGAACAAGAAGUCACAGUCCUUUCCAACCUCGGAGACUUCUAUACGCAACUUCGCGGAUGUAGGCUAGAUCGUGAAAAACUGGAAGCCGUGGAUCAAUACCUCCACCAAGGCCAAGACUUGUACGCUCUCGCUGGUGAAGUCAAGACAAUUCUGCGGUUUAUGAUCUUUCAAGACUCUCGGAGACAGUUACUGGCAUUGUUAUCGCAACACUGUCAAGAGCUCGAAAAGGAACACGCUGUGCAGCAUGAGGAGCAAGCAGCAGCAGCAGAUGAUCACGACUCAAGACAUGCGUGUGUUGCCGAUGCAGUCGAUGUCGCUGAGCUCUUGAUUGCAAAGCUAGAUUACUGGUCAGAUCGACAAAUCCUCACUCGCAUCGAGGAAGACGCUGAAUUGGACCGGAUCAUGGCAGUCAAGCUGGAUGAACAGGCAAAGAAGCGCAAACCGCCUGAUCUGGAUGCGUUGCACGUUGCUGAAGACAGAGCAGAAAACAAUGAGGUGGACGCAUAGGAAUAACGAUGGCAUUGGCAUAGGGUAGCACUAAUAGUAAGCAGUAAUCACCUUGAAACGAAAAGUGAUCUAUCAGGGGUUGCAAAAAGUUGACCCCGACAGGACUUGAACCAAUAACCUCGAGAUUUGGAAUCUCACGCGCUGCCAAUUGCGCCACGGAGUCAUUCUGCUCCGAAAAUUGCUUGGUACUU